CAUAUCACGGUUCAUUUACAGCGGAUACCGCAAGUAACACAUACAAUCAAAAAUGAAAUGAAAUAGUAUUUACAUAAUCCAGUGUGGGCUAUAACUCAACUUCUUUUUAUUCACUAGUCACUCUUAACAAUCGUUAGUUUAUUUAAAGAGCCCACUGUACUCUACUGCGCUGUUAAGAUCGCUAAAUGUGAACUAGUGAAACUGCUCUAUAAUGGGAGUGAUGACAGAGAGGGGAAAGAGUAGUUCAGAAGUCGUUUUUUUAACACUCUGAGAUCGAGGGGAACUCUUUCUAAGAAUGAAAAGACCCACGGCUUACUUGCGAGUUGUCGUGUGUUGGGAAGAGAAUAAAAAGCGCACAGGCACAGACCCCAGGAGACGACGAUCACACGCUCCGGAGACUUCAGCGCUGAAUUUGACGCAACAGCAGCGAAGAUGGUUUGGUUGAUGAAGUUCAUCCUUUUCUUCUGUUUUGCCAUAACGAGGAUGUCUCGCGCUUUUUCCCAACUUUUUCCUGAGAAAUUUGUAAUUGCUGAGAGAAAGGCAAACGUUACGCUGACCUGUAAAACAGAUAAAGACAUAAUCACAUGGAGACACGAGGAUGCAAAUAGCAUAGAGAACAUAAUGCAAUCGCAAAUUCAAAUCCUCAAUGGGCGGGAUUUGACCAUGAUUGACCUGCAGGAAGACCUAACCGGGAAUUACACCUGCUGGAGUGAUACGGGUCUUGAAGACUACACCUAUCUCCUGCUGGACACAUCUAAAGAAGCUACAGCUUUCAGUAUCAGCUGCACAGCCGAGACGUUUUCCUGCUCUGAAAAAAUCAAAUGUUCCUCGACCUCAGAUGAACUUACAGACGAAUUUGCCUUCAGAUUUCGCAAUGCGAGGGAUAACGGUGACUGGGUGUCACAGUCCGUGGAUGGGGUUUUUUUUCUCCCACAUUCCACCAAUUCAUACUGUGAAGAGUCCGAGCGGCUGCGGAUAUCAGGGGAGGCGGUUUCCGCAUGCUGCUAUAUGAAAACUGAUUACAGCUUCUACCUACGAGACAUCAUUAAGCCAGCAAAUCCAAACAUUUCGAACUGCACUAUACAAAAUGAGGGGAGUGACAAUCAAAUCAUAGAAUUAGAGGUGGAGCCUCCCUCGACCUGGCCGGAGCCCCACAGUUUCUUUCCUCUGAAGCAUCAGCUCGAGUACGAGAUAAGGCACGACGGAAAGCUGAUGCGUCAAGAAUGGGAGGAGAGGUCAAAGAUCAAAGUUAAGGGCUCCAUCACAAAACUGAGGGUCCGCUGCAGAGACCUGCUGCUCCUCUCUCAGUGGAGCGAAUGGAGCGAUUGGAAAAACGUAAACUAGCAAUUUAAACCUCCCUAUCUCCUGAACCCUUUAUUUAUAUCUCCUGUCCCAUUUUCCGAAUCCUUAUUUAUUAUUUGUAUACGCGUUAAUGUGUCAUGUCGUCGGUUACGUGUGACUGUUACGUGCUGACUGUAUUACACCUGUGUCAUAUUAAAAACCUUAGCUCCUC